UAUCCUAACCUGACAAUUAUAUGCAUAUUCUAGAUUCCAGGCCUGAGAAAAAGGCAGUUUAAUUUGGGUACGUUUUUCAUCCAAACAUCAAAAUACUGUCCCCUACACUUAAAAGGAUAAGGAAAAACAUUAAGAUCCACAACGUUUAUUCCAAUAGCAGCACAACAAAUGAGUACUUAAAGAAACAAGUCGCUAAUAAACAAUGUGACGCCACAGCUCAUCCGUACUCAACUACCUCAACUGACAACCUGUCAGUGCAAAUUCUGUUAACUCUCAUCAACAUGUUACUUUCUUUUGCGGUUCAGUAAUCAGGUUGUUGUCGGAACAUCAGAAAUUUCACUGCACCAGUAGAAUGUUUCUAUCAUUAUGCAUUUCCACAAACCUCAAGGAAUGUGUGGUAUGAGGACAAGAUCUGUGACAUUUCAGUAGCCGGAUAGGGACUAAGAUAAUAACCUUUAGACAGAGACACAGAACAGUACUGAAGAGUGGUGAUAAUGAGUUCAGUUUGGUCGAUGGCAAACGCAGACUUGAUUAGUUGAUAGAAUGACUGACUUCAAUUUGACAGUUUAGCCUACAGAGCCUCGGCAGACAAACAGAGAAAGAGACGGACAGAGAGAGAGCGAAUGAGAGAGAGCGAAUGAGAGAGAGCGAGUGAGAGAGAGAGAGAGUGAGAGCGAGGAGAGAGAGAGAGAGAGUGAGAGAGAGAGAGAGAGAGAGAGAGAGGGAGAGAGAGAGAAGGGGGUAAAGGUCAUCAUGGCUCCAGUAGAUGUGGUAGACUGGUCUCUAGCCUCGUCCUCUUCAUCCCCUGAGGUCUGCUUCGUCUCUCUCAUCCUCAUCCUCACCAUCACACUCCUCACUGUAUGUAUAAACUGCCGCAGACAAUCAGAUAUUCAGAUGGAUCCUAUAGACGGAGCACAGAUCGAGGCUCAGGAGGAAACUAAAGAUGCAGAGAAGUCCAACAGCAAGAACAAUAAAGGCGCCCAUUUAGCCACAGUUCACACCUUACCUUCAUGGAGGGACCAUAAGAACAUGCCUGAGAGCACACUCCCCUCGACCCUCGCCCGCAGCCGGACACUCCCCUCGACCCCCGCCCACAGCCGGACACCCCCCUUGGACUCCGCCCACAGCCGGACACCCCCCUUGGACUCCGCCUACAGCCAGACACCCCCCUUGGACUCCGCCCACAGCCGGACACCCCCUUGGACUCCGCCCACAGCCGGAUACCCCCUUGGACUCCGCCCACAGCUGGACACCCCCCUUGGACUCCGCCCACAGCCAGACACCCCCCUUGGACUCCGCCCACAGCCGGACACCCCCCUUGGACUCCGCCCACAGCCAGAUGUCCACAAUAGAGCUGAAUUGGCUUACUGACUAAAGCCCCGCUGGUCUCAACACAGACACUCACACUACAAGCAGAAACAGGUGUGGUGGUUGGUGUCUAACUGGAUGAUUGAUUCAUUGAUUAAUUGAUUGACUGAUUGAAAUGAUUUGAUCAUUAAAAGUGCA